AUGACUGUGCUGUGCUAUUAUCUCAUGGUCAGAAGUGCUACGGAGAAUCCGGAUUGUCCCGUUUGGGAAGGUCCAGCCUUUGGCCGUUGGAAAUCUUGGAUCUUGCAGAUCCAGUGCAUCUCCUGGCCAGAAGAACGCAAAUACUUCCGCAGCAGUCAACAUAUCCGUGCUAAGGAGCAGAUGCGGGCAGUGUACGAUGUGGUCUGGGAGUCGCCUUUGGCUCUGGAGUACCUCUUUGAUCACUCCACCUUCUUGCCUGGUGCAGGCAUCAUCGAUGUAAACCCCAGCCAGUACAUGGCCUGCGGCCAGGAACUCGCCGGUCACCAGUUAUUUGGCUUGUGCUUCGGCUUCAGCGGAACACCGAACGACCUGCUGCCGCAGGCGAUGGGCAAGUGUGCAUAUGCAGAAGGCGACGACGGCAAAAUUCUGAACACCCUCAGCAGGCCCGAGGUGGUUACUGUGCAGGAGGUGGAUGCUUGGAGUCCUCACUCGCUGUUGGAUUUCAUCGCGAAGGCGAUAUCUUCAGAUGGAAGGCCGAAAUACCACGCACUAAUUGACACCGGUGCCCUCAUCACAGGAAUGACCAACCGCGAGGUGGCCACGUAUCUCCUCCAGAAUGGGUUGAAAGGACUGGAGGGCGUCGUGUUGAGCUCAGCUUCACAUUCCUUGGAGACGAGCCCGCACUAA